CUCUCUGAUACCUAAUUUGCGUCUAAACCUACACUGUACAAUAUAACGAUGGCCGAGCCUGCUCGUCCUGCCGAUGCCGCUGCAGCGGAAAGCGGUCAUAACCGUCCCUAUCCCAAAGUGGUUCUUCCUAUGAAUGUUACUCAUGGGGUUACGGAGGGAAGCAAAUAUGUUUCGAUCUUCAUGACGUUUGUUGGAUGGGGUUUGGCUGUUGCUACUAUUGGCGUUACUGCGUAUGGGUUCGCAGAAUACAAGAGGAUCAAGAAUGAACUCAGGAACUUGGCGCCUCCCCCAGCGACGAUUGAAGUCGAAGCUCAUAACAUUCUCGCCAGCGGAAUCAUCAUCCUCGUCUUCGCAUGCCUCAUCUGCAUCUUCCUCUUGUCCACCUUCAUCUGGCUUAUCUUCAACCGUGCGGGCCGGCGAGCUCGAGGAUUCUUCACAAGCGGAGCGUCGCUCUUCAUCCCCGCAUUCGUCGUUUUCAUCUGCUCGUGGCUUUACUUUGCGGAUCUCGCGGCCUAUACGAGGUUCCUAGCGUCGAGCCGGGCUACUGUGGAGAUCGUGGUGGAUGGAAUGGCUAGGGAGGCGGACGAGGAGUUGAUUGACAUGUUAUACGUUACGCUUGGGAUCAGUCCCUACUACAACAAGUGGGGUUUCUUGAGGAACAUUGCGAUUGUUGGAUGGAUUUUCUGGUUCUUCUCGCUCUUGACGUCCAUCGUGUUGUUCAUGGCAGCAUCGGAUGGUGCAGAGGAGAACGAUGUCCUGCUGGAUGCCAACCCUCCCGAACAGGAUGGCGCAAUGCGUCCCGCUACGUAUGGUGCCCCAGCUCCCGGUGCAGCGACUGCAACUUCGGCGGCGGUAACCGAGAAACCAGCAGAAUCCACUGCAGCCGUUGGUCAACCUGCACCUGCGGAGACUUCUGAGACGGCCCCGGCUCUUCCCUCUGUGCCGGUUGACAGCAGUCCUUUGGCUGCUGCGCCCCCGGGCCUUGAAGCGGCGCACAGCACUGGGAGCCAUUACCCUCCCGAGAGUACGACGGAUGAGACUCCUGCUGCUCGUCAGUAG